ACAAAACGCGCAUCAAAGCCUAAAAACGUUUACUUUGACGGAACUUAAAUUUCAAAAAGACCUGAGCACCAAAUGAAAAUUUCAUACCUGUUUCAUCAUCUCCAGAAUCAUUGUUUAUAUAUAAUGAAAGCAUUGUGAAGACAUGCAUUAAGUCAAGUGACAGUAGUCUCAGUAGUCUCAUCUCUCUCUCAUGGCUCCUAUCAACUUCUUCCUUUCUCUACUUUGCCUUGUGGCAUCACAGCUGCCUCACUCUCACUCUCAAGUUCAUGGUAACUGCAUUAAGACUGAAAGGAUAGCCCUUCUCAGCAUCAAAGCAGGCAUGUGGAGUAACAACAAAAGCUUUCUCUCAUCUUGGACUGGUCAUGACUGCUGCAACUGGAGGGGAGUGUCCUGCAACAAUGAAACCGGCCAUGUCACCAAGCUUGAUCUGCAAUACCCUUAUUAUGAUCCCAUUCAUCCCAUACCACCACCAAGUAAGUUGAACUCUUCUCUCAUUCAGCUUCACCAUUUAAACUACUUGGAUUUGAGCAAUAACGACUUCCAAGGUUUCCCCAUCCCAGACUUCAUUGGCUCUCUUGCCAACCUUGACUACCUUAACCUCUCUAAUGCUGAAUUCAGUGGAAUGCUUCCCCAUACCUUUGGAAACUUAUCAUGCUUGUGCUAUUUUGAUCUUAGCUCAAAUUUAUAUCUACAAGCUAAUGACCUCCACUGGCUCUCUGAAAUGACUUUUUUGCGUUACCUUGACUUGAGUGGAGUGGACCUCUCUAACGUGCAUGGUUGGCUUCAUGACAUUAAUAUGCUCCCUUCUCUUCUUGUCUUGAAACUCUCUAAUGCUGGCCUCCGAGUUGGUGGUAUUCAUGGUACUACUCUGCUUCAUCAUCUCAACUUCACAUCUCUUCGUGUGCUUGAUCUUUCUAUGAAUUAUGACCUGAACAUCACUUUGCCUCAAUGGUUGUUCCAUCUCACAAGCCUUGUUCAUCUUGAUCUUUCUAUCUGUGCUCUGUAUGGCAAGUUACCGGUCACCAUUGGUAACUUGCGUAGCUUGAGAUUCUUGAGCUUGACUCAAAACUCUUUUGAUGGAGUGAUUCCAGAGUCCAUGGGAAAUCUUGGUAGCUUGGAGAAACUUGAUUUGUCAGUAAAUAAAUUCAAUGGAAGCAUUCCUGAAUCUCUGAGCAAUCUUACAAAUUUAGAGUACUUUGAUUUGUCCAGUAACCAAGUUCAGGGAUUGAUGCCCGCAAGCAUUGGGGAUCUAAGAAACCUGCAAUACUUCGAUUUGUCAAGGAAUAUGAUCAGUGGAGCGUUUCCCGAUUCCUUCGGCAAUCUCACACUUUUGCAGUACUUCAGUGCAUCUGGAGGCAACAAUCUCAGUGGUAAUUUACCAGAAACUAUAGGAAAUCUUGUUCACCUUCAGUUCCUAGAUUUAUCCAAAAAUAUGAUGCAUGGAAAGUUGCCAGAGAGUUUUGGUAAUCUCAGGCAAUUGCAGCAGUGGAGAAUGCCGGGCAAUGGCAUCACAGGGAAAUUACCAGAAUCUAUGGGAAAGCUCUCUAGCUUGUGGGAGCUUGAUUUAUCCAAGAACAACAUCAAUGGAACAUUGCCAAAAGGCAUGGGGAACUUAUGCAAGUUACAGACUCUAGAUUUUACAAGCAAUUCUAUCAGUGGAGGCAUUGAUGAUCUUAUUGAUGGAUUGUCUAAAUGCAGGGAGAAUAAGGAUUUUUCUGCUUCGGAAAGUAGUAUGGGUCUAAAAACAUUGCGUAUGGGAAACAACAAGCUAAAUGGAACAGUCCCAGAAAACAUCGGCCAAUUAUCUAAACUGAGCCUACUGCAUCUCUCUUCAAAUUCUUUGAUGGGUGUCUUAACUGAAUCUCAUUUUGCUAAUCUAGUAAGCUUGUCAUAUUUGGACUUGUCCUACAACUCAUUGCAAUUGAAUGUAAGUGAGGACUGGAAGCCUGCUUUUGCCUGUUAUAUCAUCAGAAUGUGUUCUUGCAAAGUAGGCCCUGCGUUCCCCACUUGGGUUAAAACUCAAACGCAUUUGGGUGACCUUUGCUUAUCAGAUGCUGAGAUUUCAGGCAGCAUCCCCUCAUGGUUUUGGGAUCUAAGUGCCAUUAAUCCGUAUUUACUCAAUCUAUCAAAUAACAAUUUGGAGGGGCGGCUACCAACUUCUAUGAAAAAUUACAGGUUCAUUCUCUUUGAUUUGAGUUCAAACAGAUUUGAAGGCCCAAUACCUGAGCUUGACCCCACUGCAUUGUCUGUUAUUGAUCUCACCAACAACUCAUUCUCUGGGUUUAUUCCUUCUUACUUCGCAGCUGCUAAUAACAUUAAAGUCUUCUCUUUAGCUCAUAAUCAUAUCAAUGGAAGCAUUCCGUCUUUCUUUUGUAACUCCAUCUCCUUGGCAUUGCUUGAUCUAUCUAACAAUGAUAUGUCUGGAGAACUUCCCCAUUGUUGGAAUUCAACAUCAGCUUUGGAAAUUGUUGAUUUAUCUGACAACAAUUUCACAGGUAAAAUUCCUGAUGGCCUUGUGUCACUCCCCAAUCUCCGGUCCUUACAUUUGAGAAACAAUGGCUUCUUUGGAGGUCUCCCUUUCUCCUUGAAAAUGGCCAACAAGUUGGUCACUCUCGACCUUGGUGAAAACAAACUCUCUGGUAGCAUACCAAUAUGGUUCGGAGAAAGCCUUUCAUCUUUAAUAGUGCUUCGCAUGAGAUCCAAUUUAUUUGAAGGUGUCAUCCCAGAGCAAUUAUCAAAACUCUCCUCUCUUCAGAUCCUGGACCUUGCACACAACAACCUAACAGGUUGCAUUCCUCGUUCUUUUGGUGAUUUCAAUGCCAUGGCAGUCACCAAUCACAACGAAUGGUGGUCUUUGCUCUCCAUUUUCAGUGAGGUUUUUUCUUCAUAUUCUAUAUGGGGCAGUCUUCCAGAUAGCUUUGCAUACUCAGAAUCUCUCUUGAUAAACGCAAAAGGACUCCAAGUGGAAUACUCCAAGAUUCUAUCAUUAGUCACAAGCAUGGAUUUAUCAAACAAUAAGCUUUCCUGUGAGUUGCCUGACGAACUCACCAAAUUGCAUGGGCUGCAUUUCUUGAAUCUUUCUUACAACCUUUUCAAUGGAAAGAUACCAGAAAGCAUCAGUGACAUGAAACAACUGGAAUCACUUGAUCUGUCAGAGAACAAUUUAUUUGGAACCAUUCCUUCAGGUAUGUCUACUUUGAACUUCUUGAGCCAUUUGAACGUAUCACACAACAAUUUGUCAGGAACAAUUCCAUCGGGCGGCCAACUUCAGACGUUUUGA